AUGAACAUCCAUAAUAGACUGUUACCAAAAACACACAAGUCAUUUCGUUUUGGCAAUGGCCAUGUCUUGACACUGACUGAGAAUCAAAUCAGCAAAAUACCUUAUCUAGCUGCAUUUGUUUCUUCUGCUGAUUUCUUUGAAGCCGCACGUGAUGAUCAUGGACAUUUCAUUAUUCAUCCCAAUAUCGAUAUCAAACAGCUUCGUUUCAUCUUAGAUUGUUUUCCAUGCCGUUUUACACAGAAUAUCUUCAUUCGUUUACCUGACGAUUAUGAUGCAGUAUUAACCAUUCUUCACAUGGAUUAUCUUAGUCUUCUCGAUCAACCAGAUCCAUCUUUGGAUGAAGUAGAUUCAUCUUUUUUCGAUAUCAUCGCCUACAAUCCUCUAACUAAUUCAUAUAGCGAAAGAAUUCGACCAUCAUAUAUGUGCGACAUGGCUGUUCG